UUUGUUACUAGAAGUGUCUUCAUAUAUUUCUUAAAUUCCGGAUGUGGGUUGUUAGUCACUGGAAUCAUUUAGUUGUAUUUUAAAAGUGUAAAUAAAACGGAGUGCUGUCUUUUGCUGUCAAUAGGCGGUACUCUCGUUCUUACUAGCAGUACUUCUUUCCUUGUUCACAGUUUUGUGUAUCUUCGUCAGAAUUUCAACUCUAUGAUACAUGCAGGUGUAAAGUCACGACUCCUGAAAAAUUGCUAAAAAGUAGAAAUAUGGACCAGCGAAAUGUUAAUGCUGCUGCUCCUGACUCCAUGAAGAAUAAUGCUGACAUUAGCUCUCUGAUGGGAUUUUCUGGGUUCGGUAAGAAAGCACGGACCUUUGACCUAGAAGCUAUUUUUGAACAAACACGCAGAACUGCUAUUGAAAGAUCUCAAAAAGUCAUAGAACAGAGAGAAGCUGAAGAAGCAGGAACAACAGAUCGAUCUCCAGGAGCAUCAUACUCUGGUCUGAAUGACCAGUCAACAGCAUCUUAUAGAAACAAGGUAAGCAGCAACAGUGAUGAUGAAAGUUCAGAUGAUGAACCAGUUGGUCCACCACUACCACUCAAGACAUCUGGUUCAGGCCCAGAUGAUGGCAGUAGUUCUGAUGAUGAUUUUAUUGGUCCACCACUUCCCCCUGGAUAUGGAAAAAUUGAUGAAGAUGAGGAUGCAGAAGAUGAUGAUGAUAAUCCUGUGAAACGGAUCCCUGAUUCACAUGAAAUUAUACUUCAUCAUGGAUCAAAAACAGUUUCUGCUUUGGGAUUGGAUCCUUCAGGAGCUCGUUUGGUUAGUGGUGGAUAUGACUAUGAUGUCAGAUUUUGGGAUUUUGCUGGAAUGGAUGCAUCCCUUCAAGCAUUUCGUUCACUUCAACCAUGCGAGUGUCACCAUAUCAAGUCUUUGCAGUAUAGUGUUACUGGGGAUGUAAUUCUUGUGGUGGCUGGUAAUUCGCAAGCUAAAGUACUCGACAGAGAUGGUUUUCAAGUGCUAGAAUGUGUUAAGGGAGACCAGUACAUUGUGGAUAUGGCAAACACUAAGGGACAUACUGCAAUGCUUAAUGGUGGCUGCUGGCAUCCAAAGAUAAAAGAGGAGUUUUUAACGUGUUCAAGUGAUGGAACGGUGAGGACUUGGGAUAUUAACAAUGAGAAGAAGCAUAAAGGUGUGUUUAAACCAAGAUCAGCAACUGGCAAGAAGGUGAUUCCAACAUCGUGUACGUACAGUAGAGAUGGAAAGUUUAUUGCUGCUGGCUGCCAAGAUGGAACAAUUCAGAUAUGGGACAGAAACCUCAAUGUUCAUACAAAAUUCCAUUGUCGGCAAGCACAUAUUCCUGGCUCUGAAACUUCUUGUUUAACAUUUUCAUAUACUGGCAAUAUUUUGGCUUCUCGUGGAGGUGAUGAUACAUUGAAGACAUGGGACAUAAGAAACUUCAGGAAACCUUUGAAUGUAGCCACCGGUCUGCCUAGUUUUUUUCCUAUGACAGAUUGUUGUUUCAGUCCAGAUGAUAAGCUCCUUGUCACUUGUACUUCAGUCAAGAAGGGGGACGGAAACGGAAAGCUACUUUUCUUUGACUGUGAAACAUUCCAGAAGAUGUAUGAAAUUGAAGUCACAGAUGCUAGCAUUGUACGUUGUCUGUGGCAUCCUAAAUUGAACCAGAUUAUGGUUGGUACAGGAAAUGGACUAGUCAAAGUGUACUAUGACCCAGUUAAAAGUCACAGAGGAGCUAAACUUUGUGUGGUUAAAAAUAAACGAAAGUGUAAACAAGCAGAAACCCUCACACAGGAUUACAUUAUAACACCUCAUGCCCUUCCAAUGUUCCGUGAAGCACGGCAGAGGAGUACAAGAAAGCAGCUAGAAAAGGACCGGCUUGAUCCAUUAAAGUCUCAUAAACCUGAACCGCCAGUUUCAGGACCAGGUCGUGGUGGACGUGUUGGGACACAUGGAGGUACCCUGUCUUCAUUCAUAGUAAAGAACAUUGCCUUGGACAAAACAGAUGACAGCAAUCCUCGAGAAGCCAUUUUACGACAUGCAAAAGAUGCAUUGGAAAACCCAUACUGGGUCGCUCCAGCCUACAGCCAAACUCAGCCAGAGCCAGUUUUUGCAGAAUCGGAAUCAGACGAGGAAGAAGAUAAGGAACCAGAAUGGAAGAAGCGAAAAAUAUGAAAACCAUUUUUGUAAUUAUAUUUGUCUCAGUAAAAUCAAACAAGUUUUGAAGAGAGGUUUAUUUUCUAAUUUGAUCAAAAAUAGCAGUUGCAGUCCACCUGCAUCUGUAAUUUACAUAUCACAGAAUGACAUUCUGUGUGUGUGUGUGUGUGUGUGUGUGUGUGUGUGUGUGUGUGUGUGUGUGUGUGUGUGUGUCUGACUUUUAGGGUGCAGAUUGCUGUUUUUAUAAACAUCUUUUUGAUUUUUUUUACCCAUUAGUAUGUUUGAUGAAAACUGUUCUGAAAAGAAUGUUUAUUUUUAAUAUUCCUGUUUUUCAUGAUCAUGUUGAAAUUAAACAUCUCUGCUGUGA